ACACGUGGCCCCGGGCUUCCCGUUGCCUUCUUUAGUCCACUAGGGCGAACACACCGGUUGGUCCUGAGCCCACUCGUGCAGUGGGCCCCGCGCUCCGAGGCAUGUGGGCCGGCGUCGCGGGGCUGAGAGGCUCCCGCGCGGGGCUGCAGGCUCUGCGGGGCGGCCACAAGGCUGCGCUUCUUCCCGGCCGCGCGCCGGCCCUGCACACCUCGGUCUCCUCCUGCGGCAGCAAGAACUUGCUCAAGAAAUUUGCUUCGAAAACCAGAAAGAAGUUUUGGUAUGAAGGUCCAUCCCUGGGGACUCACUUGACUCCCAAGCUGUCCAAGUAUGAGUUACUCACGAAGAACACCUUAAAGAAGACUAGAAAGGAAGACAGUAUACGCCUGAGAGUCCUGAACGGCCUUCUCUACAAAUCAUUGACAGAGCUGCUGUGCACUCCUGAAGUGAGUCAGGAGGUCUAUGACCUGAAUGUGGAGCUCUCCAAGGUCUCUGUGACUCCAGACUUAUCAGCCUGCCGAGUGUACUGGAAGACAGGUGUCUCUGCGGAGCAGAACAGGCGCACGGAGGCCGUGCUGCAGAGGAGCGCUGCCUACAUGAGGCAUCUUCUGAUGUCUCAGCAAAUCCUGAGAAAUGUUCCACCUAUAGUGUUCGUUCAAGACAAAAGAGACAUGGUCCUGGCUGAGGUCGAUCGGUUACUGGCAAUGGCUGACUUUGGACCCCCAGAUGAAAGGGAUGACUCGGACAUUUUGAGGAACACUGAUGCCCAGGCACCACAUGACUCCCCAGAACCAGCCACACACCCAAAUCUCUGUGGGAUUGACCACGAGGCACUGAAUAAGCAAAUAAUGGAGUACAAACGCAAGAAGGAGCAAGGGCUCCAGUGUAUGAGCCUGGUGCCACCAUCAGGGCGGGAGCCGGUGCCUGAGCCAACUCGUUUUCUCCGGAAGAGAAAGAAGGCCCGAUCCCAGCAGCGCCAGGAUGCUUCCCGGAGAAGCUUCCUUUUGGAUGAGGAGGAUGAGGAUGAGGAUGAGGACAGCAGCGCCGAGUGGGAAGGCCACGCCCAUGAGGCGGAGGAUGAGUGGGAAGCCCAGCAGGGAGGUGACAGCUCGCAGCAGGGGCAGCAGGGGCUGUGUGGCCAAAGAAAACCGGCGUAGGGGCGGGGCCUCCUAGCUGCCCACCCCUGUCUGUGGGUCAGCCUGGAGGACACAACCUCUGACCUGCAUGUAGAGUUUACUUCCGGGACAGGGACAGGAGAUGAAGGCGGAGCUCUUGGCGCAGGCCAUCCUUAUGCUGUUGGUCGUUUGGCAGCUUUCAGUUGCCUGUACACUUCAUUACCUGUCUGGGCUCUGGUUUUUCUCCAACAUUCAUGCAUAACUAAAAAAAAAAAAAAAAAAUAACAUCACCGAGAAACUGACAGACCUGGUGUAUCUUACCUCAUGGUCACUCUUGAAAGCAGCCUAGCCUUCUCUGCAGGAGAGCCGAGCACGGAACUGCAUCUGCAGACCUGGUCCAAGCCAAGCCGGUCCUCAACGAUUGGUCCCUGGUCCCGGAUCACUUCUCUUCAAAUAAAGUAUUUUGUAUUUACUCUGA